UAAACCCUUCCCUGCUCCCAACUGACGUUCAAUCUCUCUGCGGCAUGAUGAUGAAGCUUCUCCAGCUUUGUGUGUCAAGAACCUGCUUUAAUGGCUCUACGAAUUCAAGGGUUUUGAGCAGCUUCACUUAUUCCUUAAAUCAUAACACUUCCAUGAGUUCUUUGGCUGCAAAAAACACACUUUACAGUAGACUAAUGCCACAUGGAAAUCCAACCGAUUCCAUGAAUCCCAUUCUCGAUCAAUGGGUUAGUGAAGGAAAUCCAAUAGAGAAAAACGAGUUCAUUCAGAUCAUCAAACUACUCAGAAAAUACCGCCGCUACGGUCACGCUCUCCAGGUACUUGAUUGGAUUCGCAAGGAAAAACAUUUUGAACUAUCGGCUGCUGAAUAUGCAGUUCGUCUUGACAUUAUGAGUAAGCUUCACGGACCUGAACAAGCAGAGAAUUAUUUUGAUAACGAUAUUCCACUGUCUUUCAAAGGUUUAGCCGUUUAUGGGUCUCUUUUAAACUGUUAUGCCCAUGCCAAGUUGGUAGAUAAGGCCGAAACCCUAAUGCAGAAAAUGAGGGAAUUGGGUUAUUUAGAAAAUUCUCUUCCUUACAAUGUUAUGAUGACACUCUAUAGUAGCUUGGGAAAACACGAAAACCUUGACUUGUUAUUGAAAGAGAUGGAAGAAAAGGGCAUCCGUUUCAGCAAAUUCACCUUCACCAUUCGAUUAAACGCGUAUGCAUUGGCUGCUGAUAUCUCAGGAAUGGAAACUUUCUUCAAGAAAAUCGAGACGGAUCAUCCAACUGUUAUAGACUGUCAUACAUAUCUCGUGACGGCAAAUGGUUACUCGAGAGCUGGUAAUGUGGAGAAAACUAAGGAAAUGCUAAGAAAAGUUGAACAAUUAGCUAAAGGAGGACAGAUUCUCAAGAAAAAGAAAGCUUAUGAAAUAGUUCUCUCUAUGUAUGCUAGUAUUGGCGACAAAACAGGGCUGUCUCGAGUUUGGAACUUGUUUAAACAAUCGGGACAGAUUCAAAACAUGAGUUAUCUUACUAUGAUAAGCUCAUUGUUGAAACUCGAUGAUAUUGUUGGUGCAGAGGAGAUUUAUAGAGAAUGGGAGAACACGAAAACAUUCUUCGACCCUCGAGUUCUAAACACGCUUAUAAAUGGGUAUUGUAAGAAGGGUAUGAUGGGAAAGGCUAAAGAAUUAUUAGAUAGACUGAUACAGAACAAUGAGGAGAUAAAUGUCAGUACAUGGGAUCAUAUGGCAACUGGUUAUUAUCAAGCUGGUCAAAUGGAAGAGGCGGUUGAGGCGACAAAGAAGAUACUUCAGGUCAGCCGAUCGAGCUGGAAACCUAAUGUUAGUACUCUAGCUGCUUGUGUCGAUUAUUUGAAAGGAAAGGAAGGUGCAAAGGAGUUUGAAGAACUGUUAAGAAAUAAAGAUCACAUUCCAUCAGAAUUGUGUGAUAGAUUAUCAAGUGGAUCAAUAGAUGGGAUUUGAUAGGAGCCCAAUGGGACUAAUGUAAGUUUCAAUAGCAAUGUUUAAGAAAUCAUUUUAGGAUUUAUGUGUUAAAUCUGACAUAUCUGACAGUUUUUUUUUCAAAGGGUCUAUGGUGAUGCAUUAUUUCUUU